CAUAACGGUAAUAGAAAUCUCCCGAACAAAUUGUAGUAAAACCCAAACCUCUAACCGGCUCGGCUUUACGAAAUAAAUAUCCUUUAGCAAAUUCAACAGUGGUGAUAAAGUGUGGUAUUACAAAGCCUUACGCUACCCUACAAACUUUACGGUCAAAGUGAAAAAUAUAACACGGUUUUUUGAAUUCUAUAAAAUUUGGUGAUUUUGUUUUUCUCUCACUGCAAUUAGCAUUCUCUCACUAACCAAUAAAAUAUAACAACAAAAAUAUGUGACUUGUGGGAAUUGGAAUAAAUUAUAACUUAGUUCUUUCAUACACAUCAUACACGAGUAUCAGAAAGUCCUUGACGUUUAUGAAAUUUUAAUAAACAAACAGAAUAUACACGUAAUCUCAUCGUCCUGUCCGCGUCGUCGUCCGUCCGACAGGAUACCUCUAGGUAUAUAUACUAACUUCAGACCUACUACGUGGACUUUCACUGCAUUAAAAAGAAAUGUACAUAGUGAAUAAUUAACACGGUUACUUCGGUUUUUUUUUUUGUAUUUUGUGCUUUUGUAUAUCCGUUCGUCCUUAGGUUUAUUUUUUUUCUUCUUUCCACCAUCUCUUUUGCUUCUCUCCUACCAACCAACCAAACAACCAACCUUUACCUAUACCUAAUCCAUGUCUCUUGGCAUACAUAAGUACCUACCUGAAGUGAACUUAACUUACCACAAAAUUCAACCAAACUUAGUGCAGUAAGUUACAAUUUAAAAAAGCACAAAAUAGCUAAAAGGACACCUAUAAGGUCCUUGAAAGUUACUACUUUAUACAUAUAUGUACUUGUAGAUACAUAUACUUGUGCCUGGUGCUUUAAAAAUAGAUUUGCCCUUUUGUUAAAAAAAAACCUCAAACCCUUAAACUACAACAACACGAGGACCGACGACGGUGCGGUCUGUGGUGGUAGGAGCUUUCUAACAUUUCUACCAAUGUUGACAGUUAUUAGUCAAUCCUCAAAUAUUCAAAACGUUAUGGAAAUUUAAUGUUCGGAUUUGAAGUGUUGCCGGCGGAUUCAUCACACAGCACAAAAAAGGAUACCACAGUGGAGCGAAACAAGAAAUUUGAUAAAAUGCUUAUACUGCUGCCACUGAUUGGAAUACUUUUCAACAGUUUGCUGAAUUGGACUGAAGCAAAUGUGAUAAGCGGCAAGGACAUUAAGCAGCACCCAGAUGGAAGAUAUUAUCCUGCGAACUGCACAGUUGGAAGCAUCACCUAUUCACAUGGACAGACAUUCAAAUUGGAUUGUAAAACACAAUGUGUCUGCGAGAAUGGACGACAUGCUUGCUCGUCGCUAUGUCCAAAGGAGCAACUGCCAGCGCCGGAGGACACAAUUUCAUGCAGAUCACCACGUCUUGUCGAAGUGCCUGGCCAUUGUUGUAAAAUGUGGCUCUGCGAGAAUCCAACAGCUGAUGUCACCGCAACAUGCCACAACACAUCAUCAAGUCCAUGGACACCAUGCUCAGAGUCCUGCGGCAUUGGUAUAUCAACUCGAGUGACUAGCACAACAGCCGGAUGCCACAAGUUGAGCAAUAUCCGCCUCUGCGAGAACCGCAAAUGUGAUGACAAUAAAUUUAGUAAUUUAGUCGAUAGUAGUCUUGCUGCAUUGGCAACGACGCACGAGCAUAGAAUAAGGAAAGGACACGAGUGCCGAAGUAUGCAAAGAUUAGGUCCUGCGAGAAUCCGCCUGGGACCAUGUGUCUCAAGGAAAUUGUAUCGCCCAAAGACAUGCGGACGAUGUCAUCAUUCAAACAAAUGUUGUGUGCCUUCUGUGUCAACUACAAUACAAGUUGAAGUCUUAUGUCCACUUAAAGCGGGUGACCCUUUUAGUUUUGCCGAAAGUGGACAGGAUCUUUGGGAUAGUGAAUCACUGGAGCCAAUCGAUCAGGAAAUGCUGCAGUCUCGGCAAAUUCAAAUUGAAAAUAAAUUCAUUGCGGUUCAGUGGAUCCUCAAAUGUGAAUGCAGGACGAAUGCGGAAUACUGCAACCAAAGCAAUAAUAAUCGCACAACAAGCCAUUCACACCACGAUUCGACCACAAAUCGUCGAAGGGUCCAUACCCGAACAUAGCAUCACAAUAGUCGUCAUAGGGUAUAGAGGGCCGAACAUAUUCAAGGUUCCAAUUUACAUUAUGAUGCCCCCAAAAAACGCCCUAUCGACAUUUAGAAAAGAGACGACGAACGACCGAAGACCGAAUACGAUGAAAAUGAGGAUGAUGAUGAGAUGAGAAGGAGUUCAAGCGAGUUAUAUGGUGGAGAGAAGAGGACUCUAAAGCUAUACAAGAGUAUAAAAGCAGCAGGCCAUUAGUACCAGAAUCCAGGACCAUGGAUGGCUACAUAACAUCCCAUAUAUAGUUGUGGCUUUGAGCGCAUGGGACUAUACCAUUCAACCAUUUAACCAUUUUCAACAACAAAACAACACAUCAGUCGAAAUAUACAUAGAUACAGAGUGAUGAUGACAAAAAUCGUAUAUACUUGUAUCUAGAUAGACAUAAAAGAUACUCAGAUACAAAACAAUGGAAUAACACAAAACUAGUACAUAAACAUAUAUCCGUGUAUAUGCAUAUAAAAGUGAAACCAGGAUAUUUCGGUUAAGGAUCAUCACAAAAUGAGAAUUAAACCUCCCCAUACUACUCAUAGCCUGGCAAACAUCCAACAAACUCCUCCAACUCCAACCGAACCGAAUAGAACCGGCCUCCUCCCAAAACGCAUAUCUAUACUAUUCUUUCCGAAGGGCUCCAUCAUCCCCCAUUCCCCCCACGAUAUCAUCACCCAUAUCCAAACAACAGAAACUUGAACCGGAACUGAAACUGGAAGAGGAAGUGGAAGUGGAUUGAGUAUAGUGAUGCGGCAACAGACCAACAACAGUGGCAGCAAUGGUUAUGCGGUCAGGGUGUUAGUGGUCAUUAUUGACCAUUUCGAUGUGUGUUUUAUGUUUUCAUUUCACAGUUAUACACAAUCUCCUUUUACACUCUUUAUAGUUUAUUAUGGAUGUAAGUAGAACAAGAGUAUUUACAUACAUAUAUAAGAAUAAUACAAAUGUACAUUAGACUGAUUCAAAAAAAUUUGCUUUUUAGGUAAGAACUUUGUAAAUUACUACUCCUGUCCAAAUUCAGCUUUUUAGAUGGAUAUCACUCUUCGAAAAGGUCCUUUGAAAUAACUCAACAAAAUUUCUUUUGUAAAAGUAUGAAACUCUUUUCAUCAACGGCGAUUUCAUUGAGUCAGUUAAAUUUUAAUUGACUCAACGAAAAGUUCGUAAAAUAAAAAUCUUCAACUCGUAAUGAAAACGCUUUACAUAAUUUUUGAACCUUUUAAGAAAUGUGUUAAACUAUUUCAAAGAAGAUUCUAGCACAAUACCAAACGUCAUAAUCGGGUGUUUUCUUAGACAUGUUAUUUUCAAGACCCAUAUAAUUCAUUGUUAUGGUCACGAUAUUAGCUUCGUUAGAAGAGUAAAGUAUUGCCAUAUUUUAAAAAUGACUUCGAUCAAGUGGGUGUGGUGGCUGACUUGAGGUCCAAUAUUAGACCACUUUUUCCAGCAUUUGGAGCCAUACAUCAAUAAAUAUGUCAAUAAAUACCAAGGCCUGGUGACUUACACCUCACCUCUCUCUCAAUUAAUCCUGUAUUGGAGUAAAUUGAGGAAUGAAAGGGACAUAUAGUGUUUGUAAAGAAUUUGACUGCGUAAUUUGAGAAAAUAGUUUUUUACAAGAAUUAUUCUUGGAGGAUUUGUCAAUGCUCGCAAAUGUUAGCAAUAACGCUUAAAAUAUAUUUUUCCAAGGCGUCAACCGUAUUGAGCUUAACUUCAUAGACAAGGGAUUUCUUAUAUCCCUACAAUAUUGAAAGCCACGCCGCGCCACAGGUCCACGAAGACCCAAAAUAAUACUCUCACCAAAAUGUGACUUCAAUAAAUUGAUUAAAUUGAUGCAUUUAGGUAUUAUUUUGUUAAUCAAUUUGCCAUAUUUUCAAAUGUUGUGCAGAAUAAAGUUGUGAAAUGGGAAACCAAACGUCAGAAUCUUAAACUGGUCGCUACGCUUCCUCGGUAGCGGCGCCGGCCGCCGGCGUAGACUCCAGUACAGAUAUGAUUUCUAGUAUGAUUCAUCUGGGAAUGGAAACCUUUAAUUCGAAUAGGGUUAAAAGUAUUAAACCCAAGGUUAAAUGCUGGUUCGAUUCAAGCUGCAAAGAGGUUAUCAAGGAGAAAAAGGUGAGCUUACGGUGUAUUACGGUUACCAAAAUUAGGAAAACCGGAAAAGGUUUAAGAAAGCAUGCAACGCUGUAUAAACCAAAAACUACGGCGAAAAGUAUUGCAAUAUCCUAGAGGCAGUAAGAAUUUUUGGUCAUUCGUAAAAAACAAGAGGAAUUCUUCCUCUUACUCGGUUCCUACGAUUGUUGUCAAUGACACUCCUUUAGUUAGAUCUAUUGAUAAAGUCAUCUUAUUUGCAAGGCAGUUCGCCGAAAAUUCCACCUUACCAGAUAGUGUCAUGGCUCACCUAGUUCUUGAACGCGUAAAUGAUUCUAUGGGACCAAUCUGAACUGUGGCGAGAGUUCUUAAAGAUCUCAACAUUCAUGAAUUCGCUGGCCCAGAUGGCCAGACUCACAGCCCUCCUCUUCGGAUGUGGAAUUGCAACUGAUUGCAAAUGAUUAGCUCAUUAAAUUCCGACCUACACAGCAUUGUACAUAGGGAACAAAACAUCGUGUGGAGUUUGAUGCUUCGAGAACGCAAUGCUGUUGUUGAUGUCCAUUAGUUUGAAGGACCUUUGAAAGAUUUUACCUCUAGUUUUGACGAUUGAGUUUUGCGCAAUUCUUUCCAAAAGUAUGUUGAAGUCCCCUAAGAAUUCUUCGCCUUGUCUAAAACCUUAUUUGACAUCAAAUGCAUCGGUGAGAUCUUUUUCCGACAUUGAUAGAGCAGCGUUCAAGCUCCAUCGUUAUUCUGCACAAACGGAUAAGUUUGGCAGGGAGGCUAAGAUGCCAAAACUUGACAUUGUUUUGUAAAGCUCUUCUCUAUAGAUGCUGUCACAAAAAAGUAUUGCCAGAUUCAAAAAACACACUUCCAAAAAACACUCUUUAUAUGAACCACCAAUCUAACUUUUUCUUAAGGAAAUUUAUGUGGUCUAUAAAGAAGGUCUUAAAAUAUUUUUUAAUAAGCAAACUCGUUUCAAAAUCAGAUUCAUGGCUUGUCGAAGCAAGAAAAUUAAAAAAGUGAUAAAAUUUUAAACCAGUGAAAUUGGUAACCUUAUAUUUAGUGUAUUCUGCCAAUCAUUUCAAUGUAAGAACUGCUUUUUGAUAAAAAAAAUGAUUGUAAAUUUAGGUACCCUAAUAAAAAAAGUAUGUUAAGGCCUUUUUUUAAGAUUAAUGUCAUAAAUUCAACAGGUUUUUCAGUUAGAAAACGAAGAACAAAAGCCAACAGAGAAACGCUAUAAGCGACUUCUAAAUAUCAAUCUAAAAAGGUGAAAUUUAGUUUAGUUUAAUUUUUUUUUUGAAUCAGUCUAAUUAACAUGUAUACACUCAUAUAUACAUAUUUAUGUACUGUAUUUGAGAUAGGAAAAGGUCCCUUUUGUGGCUGUACCAAAAGGGCGGAUGAGCUUAUUUGAAUGUUUGACGUUAAUGAAGGACAAAAACGGCCAUUUUCGAGUGUUCACAGAAUUGUUUUUUUUUUCUUCUUUUUUUUCUGUUUUUGUUGUUGAAGAAUUCAUUCAUUCCAUCUUCUAUAUGUAUUUAUUUAUAUUAACAAUGUAGUCGAACACAACAAAAACAAAAAUAAGGGAAGGGUUGAUGGGUUAUAAAAAAAAGUUCAGAUUGAAUUCCUGGGAGUUAAUUAUUUGUUUUUUUUUCUUACUCGAUGCUUCAUUAUCCGCACACGCAAUGAAAAUUCGCUUUCACAAAUAAAUACAAAAAUAUAUACAAACUAAGAAAAAAAAUCGCAUAUCUGUAGAAAUGAGGAACUCCCCAUCAAGGACUCGCCUUGUAUAAUAUCACCUUUGUUUUUUAAAUUGAAGGGCACAACAAAAACAUAUCUGACAGUGAAAAAAAAAAAACAAAAAUUGAAUACACAUCACAAAAACACAAAUUAUUGUUUCAAAAAUACAAAACA